AUGAGACACUCGAGGAUACGAAGCUACGCGCCCUCAUACCUGUCUCCUAGCCCGUCGCCUCGGGACCUGUCGCCAGAACCAUCGCCAGACGACGACCGCGGCGGUGGGCCCACCAUGUCUACGUCCCGGCCAGUCAGUCUGGCACCAUCAACGGGCAUCCGCUUGCCCACCCUGGAGGAGAUCCUCGCAGACUCUGCACCUUACCCAUACACCCUCGGAGCCUUCAUGGCCUACCUGUCUCAGAACCACUGCCUCGAAACUCUCGAGUUCACCAUGGAGGCCGACCGCUACAAGCUGGCCCACUCGCAGUCUCAGCACACAUUCAUGGACAGCGGCGAGCACGUCUGUGAGUUGUGGCAGAAGCUUAUUCAAGUCUACAUCCAGCCUUACGGCUCACGGGAAGUUAACCUGCCGUCGCACGUCCGGGACCGGUUGUUGAGCCUGUCCUGUGGCCCCGCCCCGCCGGACCCGGCAGAACUGGACGAGGCGGUCAGGAUCGUCUAUGAACUGAUGAGCGACUCGGUCCUGGUUCCUUUCCUCGAGUCCCUGUCCACCCCGGUGGGAGAUAUCCACACUGACGAGAGGGUCACCGAGUCGAGGUCAAGACACGGCAGAUCACGCACACGAAAGCGGGCGUCGAAAGAUGCUUUGUCACCCAGUGAUGACCCCAGCCGGUCGCCCAAGACGUCAUUCUUGCCCCACCUGAGUAUCAGUCGCAAGAGUGAUCUGAACAGCCGCUAUGGAUCCUCGUCGAGUGAACCCGCGGAAGACCUCACAGACGAUAGUGGAACCAACUCGCCUCCCGCCUGCGACCCCAUGACCCCACCGACGACACCACCCACAACGGACUGGGCCUUCAGCACCUCUCCUGGAACCCUCCACAAGGCCAUCAGUGCGCAUAGCAACGGGUGGAAGAAGGUUGGCGCGAAGCUGGGCUUGGGGAGGAAGGGCCGGUCCGGCCACCGAGGGACGUCGAGCACGAGUGCCGCGAGACCGGGCAUUGCAGCCGAUCAAAGCUUAUGA